UCUUAGCAUCACAGGUUUUGAACCUUACCAAUUCUGCUGCACGUACUCUAGGAUGAAUUUAUAUCUCAACAUUUCUGUUGCUUGCGUCGGUCUUGACUGAACAGUAUCAUUUUCUCCUGCGCCGUUUAUAUCUUGGUUCCCUGUUCACGAUUAAAGUCGCACAACUCCUGCACCGUUUUCUCCAUUUACAAAAUUAAUUUUUUAUAGCGUUCACAAAUUUUCAAAAUGGAUCUGCUGAAUGUUGUUUGCGCCUGUGUAGGAUCGAACGAUUUGGAAUUUGGAGUGCUAACCAUUGUUUGUUGGUAUUCAUAGUAUCAUACUAUUAUAUGCUUUAUGCUCAAGCCACCAUACUAUAUUUGGUUUGUUGCGUCGGACAGGACAGUUGCAGUUCACUUUCGAUCAUUCUUUUUGCCGUCCUUAACAGUUCUGCACUUUCUUUUUCUGAAUUCUCGCUCAGUUUCAAUGUGGAACUCUAAUUUGGAGGUCUAAAUCAAUUUCCCACUGGGGUGAAGGAUAGGGCUUACAGGUGGCAGAGCAGCAAUGCCUGGUUAUAUUGUAUCCCAAACUAUAAUUGGGCGAUUUAGAAAAAUAUAUUUGUUUUCUAGCAUGAAUUGUAGGAAUGACUUCAACGUCUCAUAAUUUUCCUUGUUAAGUGAUCAUUUUCAGAACAGCUUCUAGUUCUUCCCGACAAGCUUCAGCGCAUCAGCUUACUCUCUUUUAACCUUUUCCGUUUUUGGUAUUUUUGUUUUGCUUGCUGAAGACUUCCUUUUGCAUUGUUGUUAUUUUCAGCUGAAAAAUGCAGGCUGCUGGUUGGGGAGGAGGCGGCAUCCCAAAGCGGGAAGUUUACAUUCUUAAACUGCUUUGAUAUGGGCUCAGGAACUUUAGCAUGUGUUGUCAAGGAAGGAGUGAAGCUUUAUUUUUACAACAUUAGAGCUGCUCACGUUGAAAGAGCAAGGAAUCAUGCAAUCGAGUCUGCUCUUGUCGAUGCUGUGUCACAAGGAAUGUCAGCAAAGGAUUCAGCUAAACAUGCUCAGAAAGAAGGUGCCAAGGCUGCAAAAUUGGCUUCACGCCAGGCCAAGCGAAUUAUAGGCCCUGUCAUCUCUUCCGGAUGGGACUUCUUUGAAGCUAUGUACUAUGGUGGAACUAUCACGGAGGGCUUCCUCAGGGGCACUGGUACCUUGUUCGGUGCUUAUGCUGGAGGUUUUCUGGGGGAGGAGAGGCUUGGAAGAUUUGGCUAUCUCGUCGGAAGUCACAUGGGCAGUUGGUUUGGAGGCAGAAUAGGACUAAUGUUAUAUGAUGUGGUUAAUGGAGUGCAGUUCCUGUUGAAUUCUGUUCAAAUGGCUGGCAGUGAAGUUGAAGGUACUUUGGAUCAUGGAAGUUCUGAAGCACCCAAGAGUUCCUAUUUUGAGGAAGCUCCUCUUUAUGACAGGUCCGAAGGUUCUGAUGAACCCAGUGUUUCUGAAUCCUAUGCCGCCGAAGAAGCCAAUGCCUAUGAAUCUCCUGCCCAUCAGAGCUCGGAAAAAUAUGAAAAUUCCGAUUUGUGAUGAAAUUUUUUUAGCUGAUGCGUGCAAGGCAUCAACUGCUCGAGUCAUAAUUGGAUGCCUGAUGUGUAUGUUCGUUCCUUUGGUGUAUUUACUUCCACCAUUGGGCAACUCCCAAAGUACUGUAAAAUAUACCCCAUGAUUAAUUUAGAAAAGAUUAUAAUUUUAGUCUUUCUUGA